AUGGGCUCCGUCGUCGGCCUCACCGCAGGCCUUUACCAGUCGUUGAACCUUCUCGGUGCCGGUGGUGGCAAGCCCAAUUCAGCCCAGACUAUUCAAGUGGUCAACGCGACACUCUGCGCAGUCUAUGCCGUCUCAGCUGCCUUUGGCGGUAGUGUUCUGAACACAAUUGGGCCUGCCAUUACUUCCAUCUUUGGUAUCAUCGGGUACGCCCUCUACGUGGCCGGCCUAUGGUACUUUGACCAGACCGCCCAUGAAUGGUUUCCCAUCUUCGGAGGUGUCGCCAUUGGAAUCUCGGCCGGUCUUAUCUUUGUGACCAUGGGAUCCGUUGCCAUGUCAUACUCCGAGGAAGAGGAACGAGGAUCAUUCAUUGCAACGUCCGCUAAUCUCCAGGCCACCGGCAGCGCCAUCGGCGACUUCAUUCCUCUCAUCAUCAACCGCCACUCUACCGAAGCAGCCGGGGUCCCAGUGGCCGUGUACAUUAUCAUUAUCGCCAUGAUGGGCUGCGGCUGCUUACUUGCCUUGACGCUGCGACCUCCUUCCAAAGUCUUCCGGGACGACGGUACCCAAGUGGCCGUGUUACCUGCCCGUGGCUAUGUUGAGGAGCUGAAGGCCAACCUGGAGAUCUUUAAGGACUGGAAGCUCCUUCUCAUGAUUCCAGCAUUUCUCCCCUCGGAAUGCUUCCUCGUAUACGGCGGUUCGGUCAAUGCCUACCAUAACGACCUACGGACGAGGUGUCUCCUGUCUUUCAGCGCCGUCAUGCUGCAAAUCCCAGCAGGGUACGGACUGCAGAAACUCUUGGAUCACAAGAUCUGGUCGCGACGGAAAAGGGCACUCAUCGGCCUCCUGACUAUUGGUAUCCCCCUGAUGGCUGCCUGGAUCUGGGAGAUAGUGCGCGUUCGCAACUACGACCGCUCCAAUCCUCCCAUCCAUCCAUUGGACUGGACCGAGGGCAGAUUCGCUCCCACUUUUAUCCUGUUCGCACUGAAUUGGGUUUCCAGCAUCUUGAUGCAGUCAAUUAUCCUUUACUUUUUGAGCUGUAUGACCAAUUCUCCUGCCAAAGCAGCCAAUUAUGCAGGCGUUUAUCGCGGCGUCAUGGCCAGUGGUGAAGCCAUCUUCUUUGGCCUCGAUUCCAUCGCCAUUCCAUUUGUCAAGGAGGCAGGCGUCCUCUUUACCUUCUACACUGUUGGUUUAAUGGUCUUUAUCUACCUUGGGGCCUUCCACAUCACCGAAACUCAAUACUUGGUUGGUGAAGAGGGUGUCGUUAUCCCCAUUCAUUUCGUGGAGGAACAUAAGCAUGAGUUUGACAUUGCGGAAGUUCAAGUUCCCCCGAUCGACAUCGAGCACAAUAGCAUUCCCCUUGAAGAGAGUCAUUGA